AUUGUGGUAUUACCCGCGAAAUACCGGUUCCGUUUCGGGCUGGUGCGCGCCUUCAAAACAUAUUGAGGAAGCGGCUCCAAUUUUCGACAUUAUUUCAACAUAUUUACUACACUAAAAGUUGUGAUUUGUCAUCCACAACUUGAAAGGCGUUUUUGUGUUUGGCUUGAAACGGAUUCUAAAGAAGCGUAAUUGUUCGUACGCAGGCAAAGGAUCGAAAGAUGCUCGCGUGCAGUCGGAAGAGGAGGCCGUCGUCUGUGGACAGUCGUCCGGCCAAGAAAAGCGAGAGGGAGGCGUCCCCCGUCGAGAGGCGACCUACCGGGAGGAAGCCGGACGGUUGUUUGCUCAAAGAAAACCGUCCUUCACCGAGGAAAUCUCCUCGGAAAGCAACGGGUUUACCGCUCAAGCCGGCGGUGGCGACGAGCUCCUUCUACGGGCCGAAAAAGAGCGUCUACCUCACGCCCCUGGAGAGGAAGGCAGCCAAGGAAUCGCUCCCUCCCCCGCCGCCUCUCCCCCCGGGCAAGGCCAAAUCAGCCGAGAGGAAAAACGAGAAGGUGGCGAAAAGAAAGCAGGCCAAGGGCGCGGCGGCGGGCUCGAAGAUCAGGAGGAACGCCGGCGCCGCCAAGACCGUCAAUCUGCCCAAGUUGAACUCCAGCAGAAACGCCCAGGACAAGGCGUCCGAACCCAAAAUGGCCAUCACCAUCACCCUGAACAGUACGAAGAAGCCCAAAGCCAAGAUUUUUGUGGGCGCCGCCUUCUUCAGCGCGCCCAAGAAGCCCUCCUCCGCGCACAGGAAGGCGGCCACCGCCAAGGUCAAGCGGCCGGCCGGCGUGAAGACAGACGAGUCCCGGAGUCACAGGGCGGACGCCCCGCCCAAGAGAACUCAAACGAGGGCCGUGCGGCCCGCGGCGAAGAAAGACCCGCCCGGGGGGAAGUUGGACUGUACGAGCGACCUGCCGGAGAAGACGCCGAGAUCUCCUCAGGCCGUGGUCAAGGAUUACCGGAUCACGAAGGAGCUGAAAAUCCAUCUGACGAGGACCCAGAUCCCGACAUCCGGAGCAUCGUCCUUCGGUUCUCAGGAUGACAGCUCCAAGAUGGUCAUUGACGUCUGCGACGCGAGUUCCAGGAGUGCGACCGCCUCCGAGUCCGCACCGCCUAAAACAUCGACUGCUGUGUACCCCAUUUUUGGAUCCACCUCCAAAGGGUCCAAGAGCGCCCCCGCCGGCCCGACUCUGCCGUUGUCGUCCACCAAAGAGCGACCCGUCCGCAAGAGGAAGGAGAAGCACGACCGCGACCAGCUCAUCAUCGACGCGGGCCAGAAGCAGUUCGGCGCCGCCAGCUGCGCUUCCUGCGGGAUGGUGUACAGCGCGGACAACCCCGAGGACAACUUCCAGCACGAGCAGUUCCACCGCUGCCUCCUGAACUCCAUCAAGUUUGUGGGUUGGAAGAAGGAGAGGGUGAUGGCAGAGUUCUGGGACGGAAAGAUCAUCAUGGUCCUGCCGGAUGAUCCCAAGUACGCCGUCAAAAAGGCGGAUGAGGUGCGCCGCAUCGCCGACAGCGAGUUGGGCUUCCAGCAGGUGGCGCUCAGCAGACCCUCGCAGGCCAAGACCUACUUGUUCGUCAACAGAGGUCGGAUGGUGGUGGGCUGCCUGGUCGCAGAAUCCAUACAGCAGGCCUUCAGAGUUCUGGAGCAACCGGAUCAGCCCAAGGACUUGACCAAGGAUGACUUCAUGGACCGGCACCGGGCGUGGUGCUGCUCCACCGUGCCGGAGAAGGCGCUGUGCGGCCUGAGUCGCGUCUGGGUCUUCAGCCUGGCCCGCCGUCAGGGCAUCGCACGCCGCAUGCUGGACACAGUCAGGAGCACGUUUAUGUACGGGAGUCACCUGACGAAGGAGGAAAUCGCCUUCUCGGACCCGACACCGGACGGGAAACAGUUUGCGACGGCGUACUGCGGCACGCCCGCGUUCCUCGUCUACAACUUCGUCGCCUGAAGCGACCCGCAAGCGAAUGUUUCACGGUGUUGUUUUUUUUUUUUUUGCUGUCGGUAAAAGUCAGUCAGUUUUCCAGCUCGCGGCUGAAUCUUGCAUACAGUAUUUGUUUUUUUUUUUUUUUACAUUUAGUAAAAAAAAAAAAAAAGUCAGUUUUUCAGCUCAGGGCUGAGUGUUGUAUAUUUGCGAAAGUUUUAUGCAGAUGUUUAUACAGAAAUUUUUAAAACAUUGAUCUCUUCACUGAGUUUCGAAGGAGGAAAUGUAUUUUUGGGAGGAUUCUGUUUUCCCUUCUCACUGGAAUUUUGUGGGAACGUUGUCGACAAAAAUUCACGACAUUAUUAUAAUAAACCAAUAAGCGUUGAAAUUACAGUUAAAUGUGACAUUUAUGACUUCAAUUGGUGUAAUUUAAAGAGUUGUGUAUUGAUGACCUUCCCCAUGGCUUGAAAAUAAUAA